AUGAGCGAAGCAGAGGCUGUCCAAAACCCUGUCGAGGUGAAGGAGGAGACGAUGGAGCAGCCCGCGGCCGCUGAGACCAACGAGGCCAGCGAGACCAAGGCCGAGGAGACCAAGGCCGAGGAGACCAAGGCAGAGGAGCCCAAGGAGGCCGAGGAGCCCAAGGAGGCUGAAGAGACCAAGGAAGCCAGCGAGGCCAAGGAGACUGAAGAGACCAAGGAGGCUGGCGAGGCCGAAAAGAAGAAUGGCGCCAACAUCCUCAAGACCACGGCCAAGAUUGACCGCGAGAACCUGCAAAGCAACCGCAAGUUUGACCCCUCUGUCAAACCGGUGACUGACGAUCCCGAGGAGAUCAGGAAGCAGGUCGAGUUCUACUUUGGCGACUGGAACUUCCCCCAGGACAAGUUCAUGUGGGAGACGUGCGGAGGAUCAGAGAACAAGCCCAUGUCGAUCGCCACGAUCCACUCAUUCAAGCGCAUGCGCUGCUUCCAGCCUUACAGUGCCGUUGUUGCCGCUCUGAGGGAAAGCAAGUUCCUGGAGGUGUCUGGAGAGGAGGGCAAGGAGGUGGUGAAGCGCAAGGUGCCCUACAAGCCCAUGGCGACCUCCAAGGCCAAGGCCGAGGCUGCCACUGUCUACGCCAAGGGCUUUGGUGACGAGCAGCCCGACACCCAGUUCGAGCUGGAGAAGUUCUUUGCCCAGUUUGGCGAGGUCAACGGACUGAAGCUCCGCCGUACCAACGAGGGCCUGUUCAAGGGCUCCGUCUUCGUCACAUUCGCCGACGAGGAGACGGCCAAGAAGUUCCUUGCCCUGGAUCCCGCCCCCAAGUGGAAGGAUCACGACCUCAAGAUCAUGUCCAAGCGUGACUACUGCGAGGAGAAGAGCGAGCUGAUCAAGCAGGGAAAGCUGGCGCCCAACGGAACAUCGCAGAAGAGGUUCUACGAGGGCAAGGAUUACGGCAAGAGGACUCUGCGCAGCGGUGCCUCUGGCGACCAGGACGACUGGAAGAAGCGACGUGACCAGGACCAGAAGAAUGGCUUCAAGGGAGGCCGCGGAGGCGGUCGUGGCCGCGGUGGACGGGGUCGAGGUGGUCGGGGCGGCCGUGGCGGCCGUGACCGCGACUCUGGCCGACAGGAGAAACGUGUGGAUGCUGCCGCAACUAACCUCAAGAGGCCCCGGGACGAGGAGGAGUCUGCAGCCCCCGCUGCCAAGAAGGUCGAUACCAAGGACGAGUGA